GGUGUUUUGUCCUGACUUGGACUCAUGACCUCAGCUACAGUCCCAGGUAUGGCCCUGUUAAAAUUAAGUGACAUAAACCAGCAUCAUUAUGUUGGGGACCUCCUGGAAACCCUUUAACGACCCAUGAGGCCCCUCGGACCGCACCUUGGGAACCACUAAUGUUACCUAGGCCUACUCCCUCGCCGGGGGGACCGGUGGCAGACAGGUGGCGCUGGUUCACCGGCUCUGAUGGGCCGGCCAGCCGGGAGCAGCAGAAGUUUGUUCUGCGCUGUUUACACGCAGGCGCAGAUCACACUGUUUGUCCAGUUUCGUUGGUUGACUUUUACCUGUGAGGUAGUUUCGGUUCGCCGGUGGGAAUAAACCACAACAACUACCGGGGUCCGGUCCAGAGGUGCUAAGACUUUCCUCCCCCCCCCUCCCCGGCCCCGUGUGACUCCCUCUGCGGAGCAUCGGACGGGAUUUCUCCGGGAUUUUAGAGUCUGUGCGCAACAGCGAGCAGAGCAGAGCAGGAGGCAGGUGCACGGGAGAGGACAGGACGGGGAGGAGGAGGAGGGCUGCUGGUGUUUCCGUGAGGGAGUCCUGUCGGUCAUACCGGGCCGAAUGAUUGGAAAUCAACUGGUUGGCGCCUCGGUGGUCGAUCUGUGUUAGUUUCAUUAGUAUGCGGCUGGAGUCCCUCCGCUGCCGCCGACAUCCAGCCUGAGGAGUGAUCGGCAGCCCUGAAGUCUCCUCCGUGCCUGCUAAGUGACUCCUCGCCCCGGGGAGGACGAGGAGGAGGAGGAGGAGGCGGCGGCAGCAGCAGCAGCAGAAGCGGGACUCCGGCUUCACCGGCUGUUGUGCGGAGCAGUUUUCACAAACACAGCACGGACCUGCUCACCUCGUGGAUCAGGAAGAUGAUGGGCUUUCUGCGCCGGACGUUCAGCCGCCGCUCCCGGAGCCGCUUCCAGACGAGAGAGAGGGACGAGCGGGACGGUAAGGGAGGAGGAGGAGGAGGGCUGACCGGGAACCCCCUGCUCCUGGCUCAUCAGCAGCAGGUCGUACACGCGCCCGCCGUGGUCAGCGGCGGAGCGUCGGUCCACAUCCCCGCGGCCGGGACCGCCAGGACCACCAUCACCUGCCGCGUGCUGCUGCUGGACGGCUCCGACGUCAACGUGGAUUUACCUAGUAAAUCUAAAGGCCAGGACCUUUUUGACCAGAUCAUGUAUCAUAUAGACCUGGUGGAGACGGACUACUUUGGAUUACAGUACAUGGACGCAGAACAAGUCUCACACUGGCUGGAUAUGUCCAAGUUUAUAAAGAAACAGAUCAGAGACGGACCUCCAUACAGACUCUUUUUUAGAGUAAAAUUUUACUCUUCGGAGCCAAAUAACCUGCGCGAGGAAUUUACAAGGUAUCUGUUCGUGUUGCAGCUUCGACAAGAUAUUCUGUCUGGCAAAUUGAAAUGUCCAUACGAUGUCUCCGUAGAGCUGGCGGCGUAUUGUUUACAGAGUGAGCUGGGAGACUGCGACCCUCUGGAGCACUCUCCUGAGCUGGUGUCUGAGUUUCGUUUCACUCCCAAACAGAGCGAGCCCAUGGAGGCGGACAUCUUCAGCAGGUGGUUGGACCUCAGAGGGCAGAGUCCGUCUCAAGCUGAGAUUUCUUUUCUCAACAAAUGCAAGUGGCUGGAGCUUUACGGAGUAGAUAUGCACUUUGUCAAGGGCAGAGAUGGAGGGGAAUAUGCUCUCGGUCUCACUCCAACUGGCAUUUUAGUAUUUGAAGGCUCCAACAAAAUCGGCCUCUUCUUUUGGCCCAAAAUCACUCGGCUGGACUUUAAGAAGAGUCGACUCACGUUGGUGGUGGUGGAGGACGACGAUCAGGGCCGGGAGCAGGAGCACACGUUUAUGUUCCAGCUGGCCAGCUCCAAGAGCUGUAAACACCUGUGGAAGUGCGCCGUGGAGAGCCACGCUUUCUUCCGGCUACGCCAGCCGACCACGGGCAAGGCCGGCCGCAGCGACUUCACACGACUCGGCUCUCGCUUCAGAUUCAGUGGUAAAACAGAGUAUCAGGCCACUCACGGAGGCAGACUGAGGAGAGCCAGCACGUUUGAAAGAAGACCGAGCAAAAGAUAUCCAUCUCGCACACACUCACUGGGCAAAGUUUCCAUUUCCCCAGCCAAGCCUCCACAUAUCAGCUCUCACGCCAGCCCUGAUCCCAGCCUUCAUCCACGUCUCUUCAAUCCGUCUCCUCCCCUCCAGUACCAGCACAACAUCCCUAUUGGCCAUGAGCCGUGGCACCCGGCCCUCACACCUCCUGUUUACCUGCAGCCCUCCGGACACACACCAUCACACAGUUUCCCUCUCAGUGGUCCUGCUUCAGACCAUCAGUUCAGCGUUGAAGAGAAUGAGACUUCGUAUUCUGGCAAGAUCCACCACCAUCACCGCCGCCACACACACAGCCAGGACACGCUCUGUCACACACACACCAAGAACAAGCGUCGAGCUCCUCACUGCCCUACAGAUGAGCUGGACAUCUCCCAGUCUCUGCUCAAAGCUCUGGAGUCAGACAGUGAUUCUCCCCCCUGGCCGUCGCUGCACGUCAACAUGGACAAUAAGGGAGAAGAGAAGCAGCUGUCUGAGAAGUCUCUGCACCCGCCUGCCUCCCCAGCGAUGCUCCCCGAUCAUCUCAAGUGUAACAUCCUCAAGGCCCAGAUGGAGGCGGCCUUCAGGAAGGAAGCCCCCACAACACCCAGAGGGAAGAACUUAAAUGAGACCCUGAAUGACAGGUAUCAGAGCUCGUCCCAAGACUCAGCAGCAUCCAGUCUGGCUGCAGACAAGACGCCGCAUCGGCAAGACCGCAACCCAACAAUGGAGACUCUGCAGCCCAAAGGCAACACAAGCACCAACCGCAGAAAACGACUGGUCCGACAGUUCAGCUUUAACCAUGAAGACGAAGAUAAUCUCCCAGAAGCACUUGCAGCCAUCUCCCAGAGCACAGGAAAGACAGGCUCGACCAGCUCACUGGACAAACAGAUACAGCCGUCCAUAUAUCCACAGGUGGAUAGUAUGCCAGCACUGGAGCUGAGUACUCCAUGCUGUCCCUCUCCUUCGCCUUCUCCCCAUCUCUCCCCCUCCUACUACCAUAGCUCCAUUCCUCGCCUGGCCCCUUACCUCGCUGCCCAUAACGACAGCGGAGAGGAAAUGAGGUUGGACAGAGAGAAGAUACUACGAGCCCUCCUGAUGACCGAGCUCUGAGACCUUGACCUUUGACCCCUGUGACAUCAUCGCCAGGCGCAGCAGCCCUCCCGCUCAGCGAGGAAAGCCAGAACAGAGGACCCAGAGCCGUUGGCUGCAAUCAACAUUUGUAUAUUUGCAUAAAACAUUCAGCAGUUCUAAAUAUAUAUUUGCAUAAAGGCGAUUGUUAUACUUGUUCGAUUGUUAUUUUAGGAGGAUGGUUCUUUAUAUUGAAACUGUAAAAACUUUAAGUGAGACAGAACAAAAUGGACUCACUCAGACAAGCUACAGAUGUGACUGGUGCUGCCUGCAUGAUAAAUAUGUUACAUAAUGAAAUAUUUAUCUGAUUUGCUUUUGGGGUUAUGUUUAAGUUUUUUGACAUCAUCAUUUUUCCAUGUUGUCGCCUAAACUGUAAUUCAGGCAGCGACUGUUGAAGCAUUGAUGAAUUCACUUUAAAAAAAACAGAGGCUGAAGUCAAAGUUAAUUCACUUUUAAAUCAAUUUUUAAAAAUGUAAAUAGAUAUUGUAAUAUGCUUUCUUUUGUCACAUAUCAUUCAUGAGAUGACAAAACAUUUGCAGCAUUUGAGUUUUAAGUAAUUUCCAGAACAGAGUGGAAUUAAACUGAAUCCUGACUCUGCAGGAGAAGUUGAGACCAAGGUUAUUAUAGUUAACGAAAACUAGAAUUGAAAAAACAUUUUCGUUAACUGAAUUAAAAAUAAAAACUAGAGUUUUUAAAAAAACGAUAACUAACUGAAACUGUAUUGCGUGGUUACAAAACUAACUAAAACUAACUAAAAUUAUAGUGAAAAUGUCCUUAGUUUUCGUUUUUGUCAACUUUUUUUCAUUCAUAAUUCAGUGUUUCUAUUUGAACAUGCAACACAUGGUGAAUAUGUUUACUGAGACUGGGAUGUCUACACUCCAACCAAAAUUCAAAACUGUAAGAGUUAAUAACCUUAUUGGGGCUGAGAUGAUAAACCAAAGGAAAUAAAGGCAAAAUUUAUUAUGACCACUUUGAAUGUCGCACCCAACAUAUAGCCCAUUACAAAAAAAACUAAAACUAACACUAAAACUGAUAAAAACUAAACUAAAACUAAGCAUUUUCAAAAAAUAAAAACUAAACUAAAACUAGAAAACUCACUCUAAAAACUAACUGAAUUUGAAAACAAAAAUUCACCACGAAAUUAAAACUAAAACUAAUGAAAAAUCCAAAACUAUUAUAACCUUGGUUGAGACAGGACGGUGCAGCUGCAGUCUCAGUCGUCCCACUAGAAGGAGACAAACCUGCAGCCACAGCUGAGCACACUGUUCCUGUAUCACAGGAUUACUUUCUACACACAGUUUCAUCACAGGUCAAAUGCACAACACACCUCAGAGUACUUGGAGAUAUCGUUGAAGCAUAAUCCUGCUGCUCAACAACUUUAUUUCAGCCCUUGUUUUUUUUUUUGUCACAUCCACAUCUGAGGCGGCUGGUGAUCUGCUGUAUGUAUUGACUGUGUUGUUCCUGCCCACGGUUGGAUCUUAAUAAAGGCCACACCAUCAGUUUGACAACUCUGUAGCUGCAUCUUUGGUCUGAGCGCUGACACGGGAAUGUGGAUCAGCCUCGCCCUGCGUGCCUGUACGGCCUGCAGACCCACCCUGUCAGGGAAUGUCGUUAUAAAGGAUAUUACUGACUUAUCUGUUCACCUUUCAGGUACAGUACAGUGAGUCAGCCUGUAAUUGCACCUCUUCUGUUCGGUUGAACUUAACGUGAGAUAAUUCAUCUCUUAAGCAAGGUGGAGCACAGAUUCUCCGGUAUGAGUGCAGGAAUGUGUGGCAAUUGUUUGGAUCUGACAGAAUUAAUGCAAAUUUUGACAGAUAAUUAUGUGGGCGAGCCAACAAACAGGAUAACCAAUCACAUCCUGCUUUGUGAAAGGAGGGGCCGUGUGGAAAUGAUUGGGGCUGGGAGGAGGGCAGAACUUAAUGUUUAACCCUCCCCCCCAAGUAUUACCAAUCGCAAAGAAGGUUGUUUUCAGUUUGGUUUGUUUGUCAGUUUGUCAGCAUGAUUACAGAAAAACUACUGGCCUGAUUU